UGUUUCCAGCAGCUGCCAUGCUAUGCUGUGCACGUGCUGCGUGAGGCACACUGCUGCUCUGGAGACUCGUGAUCAAUAAUAAUUGGCGUCCCUCGUAGUAGCAAUCAUGGACUGUUGGGCGGCUGUAGCAGCUGCGCUUGUCGCUGCUAUUGUGCGACAAUGUGUAAGCCUCGGCUCCUAUUCAGGAUACGGCAAGCCACCUAUGCACGGUGAUUUUGAAGCGCAACGACACUGGCAGGAAAUAACUGUCAAUUUGCCUGCUAACGAGUGGUACCACCCGACUCCAGACAAUGAUUUGCUGUACUGGGGCCUGGACUAUCCACCUCUGACAGCCUACCAUAGCUGGCUGUGCGGACAAGUUGCUGAACUCAUCGAUCCGUCUUGGGUAGCACUCAACGCUUCUCGUGGCAUCGAAACCCCAGAGCACAAGCGCUUCAUGCGAGCAACAGCAUUGAUAGCAGAUGUUCUAGUCUAUUUUCCAGCUGCUUUCCUGUACUGCUACUUCCUGAAGCGUCAGUCAGACUGGAGAAAGUCUGUGACAGCCGGUCUUAUUCUUCUCUCCCCUGGUCUCACUCUCAUCGAUCACGGCCACUUCCAGUACAAUGCAGUUAGUUUGGGCUUGGCACUGUGGGGAGUUGUAGCCUGCACACAGGACUAUAAUCAUCUCGGUGCGAUAGCCUUCUCGCUUGCGCUCAACUAUAAGCAAAUGGAGCUCUACCAUGCACUACCUUUCUUUUUCUACCUACUUGGCAAGAGUCUCGCCAAGCCCUACUGGAUGUUCCCCGUGCGAGUCGGCGGAAUCGGCAUUGUUGUCAUUGCAACUUUCUUAGUCUGCUGGAUUCCAUUCCUCUAUAGUCAAGAGGAUGCAUUGCAGGUGCUGCACCGCCUCUUCCCUGUCGGCCGCGGUGUGUUUGAGGACAAGGUAUCGAAUGUCUGGUGCUCAAUAUCAAUUGUUUGGAAGCUCCGCAACUUCGAUCCGUCUUGGGUUCUUAUCCUCAGUACUGUGUCAACCCUGGUUGCCGUGCUGCCUUCGUCAAUUCGGCUUCUGACAAGACCCACCAAACUCAACUUCAUCCUUUCACUUGCCAGUUCUUCUCUGGGAUUCUUUUUAUUCUCAUUUCAAGUUCAUGAAAAGUCAAUUCUCCUGGCUGCUCUGCCCAUGGCACUUCUCCUGCCUCACUACCCGCUUCUUUCCAUCUGGUUUCAAGUGGUUGCUUCGUUUAGCAUGUACCCACUGUUGAAACGUGACGGCGUUGCUCUGGAGUAUGCCGUCGUGACGUUGCUCUUUGUCCUGCUGGCCACGACCAUGUACUGGUCUGUGCUACGUCAGCAGCGCAUGUAUCUAUUUGUGGUGGCCAUUUCUUUUGCCGGUAUGCUGUCACUGCACGCACUGGAAGCGACCGUCGUGCCACCGCGGCGCCUGCCCGACCUCUUCCCGCUGGUCUGGGCCGUGUUCUGCUGUUUCCACUUCUGCGUGUUUGUGCUCCUGCUGCACAACAUCCAGUUCAGUUUGCCGUCCACCUCGUCCUCAUCAUCCACUACCACCACUGCCGGCCACAAACUGAAAUCCAGCUAGAGUACCUACCGUCUGACCAGACUGUGUUCAGCAUAGCCUCAAGCUGAAAUCCAGCUUGACUACUCUGAACGGACUGUUUUCAUAAUAGCUACAAGCAUACUUGUGGCAGCAAUGCCACUACGAAUGUAUCUAUAUUCUAUUCUAUUUUAACCCUAUCUCGUUUUCUAAUUUCCAUCCAUCUGCUAGGUAGGUUCUUUGGUUUUGCCAGAACUGAUGAAAAUUUUAUGUUGCUAUCGACCGAUGGCUUCUCUCUGG